AAGAACAUAUAUUGAGUACUUGAUUACAUUUAAUUGACUAUGAGCAUAUUUUAAUGAUAAACGGUAAAAAGCAUAAAUCGUGAAGUCAAUACAAAGUACGAAUACAAUGCAUCGGGGCAUACCCCUAUGAAAUCAAAAGGCAAGUCAUGCCAACAACAAAAGCAACCAAACAAAAAAGGAGAAUAAGAAAACAAAAGAUGUUCUCUUCGUCUUCCUUCCUCUUGUUGUUGCCCUGGACGCCAUGUGCAAGACUAGCGUAAUACUGGUUCGGGUGAGGCCCAACUCCAAGAACAAGAUACUGCCCGCCCGCCCACCCUCGGAAGAUGACACGGUCUUCUUUGGAUUGGGCACUAGAUCCGUCACAAGAGUGGCCAUCAACCAGAAAGCAGUAUCCCCAAAGCAAAGCCAGGGUCCCUCGUUGCGUCUUCAGAAUCAUUUACAUAGAAAGGGCUACAAACUGAAUGCAAUGGCAACCCUAGGGGAUCAACGAGAACAGAGCCACGGAUCCACACCUAAUGAGAGAAAACUUUGGCCAUCACUCAAAUCCUUACUCUUGUUAGCCCCUUUAGUGAUUGCAUCUUUCCUCAAACGAAGCAAACACGCAAAAACACCCCAGGGAAUCCUGGACAAGGUGCCACGGAGUCAAACCCAGGGAAAACCAGCAAAAUCAGCGAAGAGUAUCCUGUUAGUCUCAAACCUCCAUCACGCAAGUCAAAACAGCCCCAACAAGCAUCAGCAUCACAGCCAUCACUCAAUAGUACCUCAAAAGGUUGGGCAACUUGGGUCAGCACGACACGAGUGUCAAGGCUUCAUUGCUGCCCACGAGCCGAAGCAAACACACUGCCUUUCACCUGGACAAAUCGAAGAAUUGAAGACCAGCUGCAUGCCCCCUUCUACAAACAAUGGUUUUCAGUUCUGCCUCCUCCCUGUCCAAGCAAUCAGCACCAUGGUAGGACCCUUGGUUGCGUGUGCUUCAAGCCCAAAGCCAGGUAUAAGUGGAAGCCAACGUUCCUUCAAGCUGCUGCCCUCCAGCCAUCAGGAACAGUUUGGUUCCUCAAAGUCCAAGCACACCUUCUUCAUAGGCCACAUCAAAGGAGUGAAAAAGAAUGCUUUAAAAUGUCAAAAACCGAAGGGAGACAACAUCCAAGAAUUGUGCCCAACAUCCUUGCAACAAAGCAAUGGUAAGGAAGCCCUCGACACCACUUUGGAAUACGUAAUCUCCCCCAAGCACACAAAUCCACAAGAACCAAGUCACUGAAGGACAUCAAAAAUGCCAAAACGUCAACUGUCCUAUAGCAUCUUGCCAUAACAAAAUGCCUCUAGAAGAGAAUAAGGCUCUUACCUGGGU